GUUUACAUGGCUUGCAUCCAGCACGGUCGCCGAGUUGGAGUUUCUUACUACGACGCUAGUGUACGCCAGCUUCAUGUGCUUGAAGUGUGGGAGGAAGAUUUAUCAGAUUUUACCUUGAUCAAUAUGGUCAAAUAUCAAGCGAACCCAUUGGUCAUUUACACAAGCACCAAAAGUGAAGAGUCCUUUGUAUCUGCCCUGCAGAAUAGUGACGGAACUGACAAGAAUACCACGGUGCGUCUGGUAAAGAGCUCAACAUUCAGCUACGAGCAAGCAUGGCACAGACUGGUAUAUCUUCGAGUAACAGGAAUGAAUGAUGGGUUGAGCAUCAAAGAAAGGAUUUGUUAUCUGAGUUCGAUGAUGGAUGUGGGCAGUGAAGUCCAAGUUCGUGUUAGUGGAGGUCUCCUUGCUAUAUUAGAAAGUGAACGAAUUGUAGAAACCCUGGAACAAAACGAAUCUGGAACUGCUUCAAUUGCAAUUGAUUCAGUCAUGGAAGUACCAUUAGACAAGUUUCUUAAACUUGAUGCGGCUGCUCACGAGGCACUGCAGAUAUUUCAAACAGAUAAACAUCCAAGCCAUAUGGGCAUUGGCCGGGCUAAAGAAGGGUUCUCGGUGUUUGGGAUGAUGAAUAAGAUUUCCUUCUUCAUUUCUUCGGUAGAGCUGAUGACAUCUUUGCGGGAGACACUGAAAUCUGUGAAGGACAUUUCCCAUUUGCUCAAGAAAUUCAACUCCCCGACGUCCCUUUGUACCAGUAAUGAUUGGACAGCUUUUACGAAGAGUAUAAGUGCGCUCUUGCACGUAAAUAAGAUAUUUGAAGUUGGAGUCUCAGAAAGCCUGCGAGAGCAUAUGAGACGCUUCAACUUAGACAUUAUUGAGAAGGCCGGCUUAUGUAUCAGCACAGAGCUAGAUUAUGUAUAUGAACUGGUAAUUGGAGUCAUUGAUGUAACUAGAAGCAAAGAGAAGGGUUAUCAAACAUUGGUGAAAGAGGGAUUCUGUGCUGAGUUGGAUGAGCUGAGGCAAAUAUACGAGGAGUUGCCGGAGUUUCUGCAAGAGGUUUCAUCGAUGGAGUUAGAGCAGUUUUCUCACCUGCAUGAGCAAAAGCUCCCUCCUUGUAUCGUCUACAUUCAACAAAUUGGGUACCUCAUGUGUAUUUUUGGGGAAAAACUCGAUGAAACUGCUCUUAAUAGGCUUACCGAAUUUGAAUUUGCGUUCUCUGAUCUGGAUGGAGAGACUCAGCGCUUCUUUUAUCAUACUCCAAAGACAAGAGAGUUAGACAACCUUCUUGGAGACAUCUACCACAAAAUUUUAGAUAUGGAGAGAGCAAUUAUUAGGGACUUGCUAUCACACACACUUUUAUUCUCGGCUCACAUGUUGAAGGCAGUUAACUUUGUUGCAGAACUUGAUUGCAUUUUAUCGUUGGCUUGUGUAGCCCAUCAGAAUAACUACGUAAGACCUGUUCUGACAAUGGAAUCAUUGCUUGAUAUUCGAAAUGGAAGGCAUGUUUUGCAGGAGAUGGCAGUGGAUACAUUUAUCCCGAAUGACACUGAAAUCAAUGACAACGGUCGAAUUCACAUCAUUACCGGUCCUAAUUACUCAGGAAAGAGCAUAUAUGUAAAGCAGGUGGCUUUAAUCGUUUUCCUAUCCCAUAUUGGAAGCUUUGUACCAGCAGAUUCUGCAACUGUUGGUUUAACUGACAGGAUAUUUUGUGCAAUGGGAAGCAAGUUCAUGACCGCAGAGCAAUCUACAUUUAUGAUAGAUCUACAUCAAGUAGGAUUGAUGCUAAGGCAGGCAACUUCAAGAUCUCUGUGUCUCUUAGACGAGUUUGGUAAAGGCACUCUUACAGAAGAUGGUAUUGGCUUGCUUGGUGGGACAAUUAGUCACGUUGCUACAUGUACUGAGCCACCAAGGGUUCUAGUAUGCACUCAUCUGACCGAGCUGCUCAACGAGAGCUGCUUGCCCGUUUCUGAGAAGAUUAAGUUCUAUACAAUGAGCGUUCUAAGGCCAGACACGGAAUCAGCAAACAUGGAAGAAAUUGUUUUUCUUUACCGGUUAAUACCGGGACAAACGCUGCUGAGCUACGGUCUGCACUGUGCACUACUAGCUGGUGUCCCGGAGGAAGUCGUGAAGAGAGCAGCUAUCGUAUUGGACGCUUUUGAGAGUAACAACAACAUCGAUAAACUAAGCCUUGACAACAUAUCGUCUCAAGAUCAAGCAUUCAAGGCUGCUGUUGACAAGUUUCUGGCGUUCGACAUCAGUACUAGUGACAUCCGAGCUUUCUUUCAAGACAUGUUCACUUCUUAAACCGAGUAAAAUUAAUAACUGAGUUCGAAUGAAGGAAAGUAGUGUAAAUCUUGAUGAAUAAUAUUAGCAAUGCUUGAGAGUAAAAUUAAUAACUGAGUUCGAAUGAAGGAAAGUAGUGUAAAUCUUGAUGAAAUCAUAGUAGCAAUGCUU